AGAAAAAACUAAGAGAGGUAGCUGAACUGUAAUUCCCUUAAAUUAAUGCAUGGUUGUUGUUGCUUAACAUAGGAUAUGCAUGCCUAUUAAUUAUUAUUAAUAAUAAUAAAAUGAGUUGUCAGUAGUGAUGCGCAAAAGAGUAAAAUGUGGGUAUUAAAACAAAGUCAACUAUAUAUACCUGGUGGCAAAUAAUUGGAUUUGAUUAAAGUUGGAUGCAUCGAAUAUGAAUUAAAAAAUAGUUUGGAUCAUAAUCCAUCUAAAUAUCUAAUGGGCAAAUAUGAAUUUGAGCAAAAUAGUUCUAAUUUAUUUAAAGAAAUUUAUUUUUCAAAAAAUAAAUUUAUCUCUCCCUAUAGGCACCCCCACUCCUUGAACGCCCCUUCCCGGCCUUCCAUCAACCUAUUUCUAAAAAAAAAUUAUUUUCAUAAAAUACAAAAAAAUAUGUUUAUUGAAAAAGAAAAUUAUCCCCUCUUCCGGGCCACCCCCCUCCGAUCUUCCACCAACCUCACCCUAAAAAAACUUUUGAUAAAAUAAAAGAAAAAUCAGUUUUUUGAAAAGAAAAAAAAAAACAUUUCCCCGCUCUUCGAGCACCCCCGGCAACCCCUCCACCAACUUAUUCCUAAAAUAUUUUGUUUUUCAAUAAUAAUUUUUUUUAUCGCCUCCCCCCCUCCAAAAAAAAAUCAAAUUUUUGUUUUUCAAAAAUUAAAAAAUUUCAUUUUUUUAAAAAAAAAAAAACUAAAAAAGUUCCCUUUUCCACGAGCAAAUCCCCCACCCCCAACUUGCAGCUUCCAUAUUUCACCAACCGACUCCAAUUUUUUUAUUUUUUUUAAAAAAAAAUUGUUUGAUUUCUCACUUAUAUGGGUUGAAUAUGGAUUCCCAUGCUUACCCAUUUUGUUUAUAUUUGUAUGAGCUUAAAUAGGUUAAAGACCAUAUUAACCCAUUUAAGAAAAUGAAAAGAAAUGAGUGAUCCAUUUAAUUUAAUAUGAGCAAAAUUAUUCCAUUCACUUAUAUGGGCAGAAAUUGUGUGUGUGUAUAUAUAUAUAUAUAUAUAUAUAUAUAUAUAUAUGCAGGUUUGAUAACUUUGCAUUUGCUCCUCCGAUCCUUAGUUAGUUGAAGAAAUGGUGCCAGAUUUCUUCAUCACUUUCACGACCUACUUCAGCUGUGCCAUUAUCAUCGCCUUUGACAAACUUCGUCAUAUCUGCUCUCAUUUUACUAAUCUUCAGGACUGUUUUGAACGGCCAAUAUGUAGUUCUCCAGAUGCUUGGUUUGAUGUGGUGAAGCGUGUGACCGAUGAUAACAACAAGAUACAAAAGCGGACGAAAAAUGUGUCUAGGUGCCUCAACUUGGGAUCAUAUAAUUAUCUUGGUUUUGCUGCAUUUGAUGAAUAUUGUUCUCCUCGGACAAUUGAGUGUUUGAAAAUUUUUUCCGCAAGCACUUGUAGUAGCCGAGUUGAUGGAGGAACCACAAUAAUACAUACUGAAUUAGAGGAGCAUGUGGCUAAAUUUGUUGGAAAACCAGCUGCUAUUGUUUUUGGCAUGGGUUACGUAACAAACUCAGCUGUGCUUCCUGUCUUGAUAGGAGAGGGAGGUUUGAUUAUUAGUGAUUCUCUAAAUCACAGCUCUAUUGUCAAUGGAGCUAGAGGAUCUGGAGCGACUAUUUGUGUUUUUCAACAUAAUAAACCAUCGCAUUUGGAGAGAGUUUUACGAGAGAACAUUGCUGAGGGACAGGGCCGAAAUCAUAGACGGUGGACUAAGAUAAUUGUUGUGGUGGAAGGCAUAUAUAGCAUGGAAGGGGAGCUUUGCAAGCUUUCAGAGAUUGUUGCCAUAUGCAAGAAGUACAAGGCAUAUGUAUAUGUGGACGAGGCUCACAGCAUUGGAGCAGUUGGUAAAAUAGGAAAGGGGGUAUGUGAGCUAUUGGGAAUUGAUACUGCAAAUGUCGAUAUUAUGAUGGGAACUUUCACUAAGGCAUUUGGAUCCUGUGGGGGUUAUAUUGCAGGAUCCAAGGAAGUCAUUGAAUAUUUGAAGUAUACUUGUCCUGCGCAUGUAUAUGCAAUAUCCAUAUCACCUCCAGCUGCUCAACAAAUCAUUUCUGCUAUUAAGGUUUUGCUUGGUGAAGAUGGUUCAAAAAGAGGAGCUCAAAAAAUAGCACGCCUACGUGAAAAUAGCAACUUCUUCCGGUCUGAACUGCAGAAGAUGGGGUUUGAUGUUCUGGGUGACUAUGAUUCACCUGUGAUGCCCAUAAUGCUCUAUAAUAUUGCAAAAUUACCAGCUUUUUCACGAGAGUGUCUGAAACAGAAUGUAGCCGUUGUGGUAGUUGCUUUUCCAGCCACCCCUUUACUUUUGGCCAGAGCACGCAUAUGUAUUUCUGCUGCCCACUCAAAGGAAGAUCUAAUCAAAGCAUUGGAGGUUAUCGGCAGAGUUGGUGAUUUAUUGGGUAUAAAAUACUUGUCUACUACCCAGUGGAGAUUAAAACAUUAGGUGAUUCAUUUCAUCUGUUGUAACUUUGGUGGACAAAAUUACUUGGUACCUCGUUACUCCUGACGGAAGUGAAUAGUGAUAGCUCCAUACCUGGAGGUUAAACUUCACAGUAAGAGAAGAGAGGAAGAAGAAAUGAUCACAUUGAUUGAAUCGUCAUACUUGUCACAUUGAACCUAUAAACAUUAUGUAUUUAUGCUAGUCAAUAUGACUCAGGAACCAACUAAUGCCAACUACACAUAUUUCUAACUAACUAUAUCUCAUUAGUUAACUAACUCAA